CUUUCAGACUCCGUCUUUCAGAAUCCGUCCUGACAAUGUGGCGUAAAACAGCCGAGGAAAGCAAGGGGUCAACAGUACAAGAGGAAACGUUAAUGCAAACUAGGAUUUCAGUGGCUGUUUUUAGUCUAUUCUCCUUAUUGUCUGCUGUCGGGUUUAUGCACACGGCGCUCUCUUUCUAAAGAAACGCGAGUGGGUCUGACUUCCCCCUAAUGUGGCACAAUUAUCCAGCAACAGCUUCCAUAACAGGAAGACAGUGAGUCAUACUGUAAGCAGCGCUCCCGGGAUAUAGACUGCAGCGGAGUACUUUUCUUAGCGGAAAAAAAUGAUCUAAAUCGUCUAUCGUCUUAAUGGAUUUAAACAGACGAGUCUGCGACGGGGUCUCUUUUAUCGUGCUUCUUUUAGGACACAUUGCAUUUGCGUCAGUUCCCUCUGGGAAUAAUCAGACAAAUGGGUUCAAUCUUGAUUGUACCAAUGACUUCGACGAGCUGAUGAUGUGUCAGCUGGAGCUAAAAAACUGCACUGAAUACAGUAUGAUUCUCCGGAAUAGAUACCGUGAGAAGAAUUGCACUUUACAGCAGUGUGGCACUGAUCAGUGUUGUUGCUCCUUCCAACUGAUACUUGUGCUCGGAGAGACUCAUACAGCAAAAGUCUUGAAAGAUGGCAAAACCAUAGAGUCCAAAGUCAUCAAGGUCACAGAGAGCUUAAAACCAAAGACUCCAACAAUCAAAUUAGUGAAAGAAUCCAAUGGGAAUUUUGAAGUCAGCUGGAACUCAAACAUGAUGGGAUUUAUAAAUAAUCAGCUGACUGCUGAGGUGACUUACUAUAAAAAAGGAGAGACAACAAAGAUAUCUAAAUCUCUUACACCAGCUAUAGUCAAUGGACUGAAUUACUAUGAAAUAAAUGGUCAAGACCUGGAUCCAAGUUCAACAUAUGUAGUCAGUGUGAGAAGCUUCAUAAAGCUGAGUGGCAGGUUCAGUGACAGUAGCACAGAGUGGGAAUUCAAAACCCCUUUCCCCCCUCGCUUCCUGCUCUUGGCUAUCAUCUUCAGCUUCAGUAUUACUGCAGUUAUCUUCAGCAUAGCUAUAUACGGAUGUUACGCAAAGUUAAAAACAAAGUUGUGGGAUGCAGUUACCAAACCUCCGAUUCUUAAUAUUUAUCCAAGCAAGCAGCAGGUCUUGAAACCUGAGCCACCCAUCACCUCCUCUGUCUGCGUUGAGCCCCUUAUUCCAGAUGACAGCAAACUGGGGUCAAAGAUGUCACUGACAGACACCAGCAGUGGGAGUCUUCAGCAAAGCAGUGGGAUCAGCACAGGCUCCUCCGCUCUCAGUUAUGCAAAUGCUGAACCCCCCGACCAUAUGAAUGAUGAACCUCCUACCACUAAAGCUGUCCAUGAUGUGCUUGCUAAAAUCUUUCCGAAUAUUCAGCUGAUAUCACCAUUGACCACCACCACCACCAGUCCCCUUACACAAUUUAUGAAUAUGCAGAACAAUGAUUUAUGCUCAGCUCCCUACAGUCCAUGUGGUGUCCAAGCUAAUGACACGAGUUCAGGAUCAUCGAUAUUUGAAAAUAAAACCUAUUCCCUCCUCAUUCCCGGCUGUGCUCAUCAGGCUAUGACAAACAACUCAGAGUUCAAGGUGAAGGCUGAAAUGCCUUGUGACUCUGAUUAUCAUCCCAGUAGGAGCGACAUGGAGAGACGUCCUGAUCAAAAGGUACCAGCUUGUCAAGUUCCUGCACAACAAGAUUCUGUUUCAUCGCUAAUGCAAGCAGACAUGUCAUAUCAACCCUGCAAUGGAGAUUCUGGGAGAUUUUCAUGUGCAGAAGACUCCAGCUUGUCCUCCAUCUCUAGUGGGACCAACACAUCUGAUUCUUGUGAUCUUACAUCCAGAGCUGAGGUUGAGUUUGAGAGCUCCGAUGAGAUAGUCAGUGGUAAAGCGAAACUGUGUGAAGAGGUCACUAUAUGUGAUGAAUGUCCCUGUUAUGGCUUUGUGCCCAGAGGGUCACACAGCUUUCUUGCAAUGGAUGAAGACUACCAAGCAGUCCCGGGUCUGCUUUUAGAGCAGGGAAGUGGUGGGCACAAAGAAAUUUUGGACAGGUAUAAAGAGGAAUCAUUUAAAAAGGCUCCUCAAAGCAUCUUAAGCCAAGUUUUUCCAGAUUUCAUUAACAGUGUUCAGGAUGGGCAGCAUCUCUCUCAGCUCCAAAUACCUUUUUCCUCUUUGAUGCUUGCUGACCACUCUUUGCCAGUAAUCACAGACAGUGGCUAUCAAAGUGUGUAGUACUCUUGACUGUGACUCAGAUUUCAUUCUUGAUUUUGAAAAUAGCUUCAAAAUGAUCAAAUGAUCUCAUCUUAAGAACCAGUUAGUAGCUGUUCUUGGUGUUUAAUGUGAAUAAGUAGUGUUUCCAUGUGUAAAUGUAGAGCGCACACAGCUUUAUAUGCUGAGAACAUUUCAAUUAUAAAUGCCUUUCUGAACAUGUCAAAAACAUACAGUUUUUGAUAACAUGGUUGUUUUAAUGUGACGCAUCCAUAAAAUUUCCACUUAAAAUAACUGAUGUCCGAUAUCACCCAGAAUGCACCUGUAGUGUUAAUGUUUUUAUUGUUUAGGUAAAACGGCUGCGGUCACUUUAUACAUCUCCAUUUCACAUCUAAUAUUGAAUACAUUUCAUUUGCUUUUGUUGUUUGUUUGUUUUUAAACUUAAUUGUACAUAUUUUUAUGAAAAUGCAUUCCUUAAAUACAUAAAUGAUGAGUGGAUUAAACUGCAUAAAAUCUGUUUAAAAUUUCUACUAAUCUUCUGUAAGAGUUGAGUUAUGUUAGGGACUUAAGAGCAAUUUAAAUCUCCUUAAGCUUAAUCUGACCAGUUAAUUCCUAACAAAAGAACAGAAAAUAUAACCAAUUUGCCCAUGAGCAUUUUAAGUAGGAAUUAUAUGAUUGCAUUCUGACUGAAACAAGCCACAACACUUAGCUGACAUGCAGAGCUGCUGUUCAGAGUUAUGAAAUUACUUCCUCAUUGUUCUUCUCUGGAACGGUUGAUACAUUUCCCGAGAAACACGCGUCACUGUCUUCAGUAUGUUAUGGGUGUCACAAUAAAACAGCUGCAUUCUGUAUAUAAGUGAUAUGAAUGUUACUAUUCCAUUUUUCCUGUAUGUAAAAUAGUUCAAAUAAACAUGAAACAUUU